AGGCUAGACCAAGUCUCUCUUCUUCUUCUCCUAUAACUUCACUUGGUGGCCAGCUCUGCUCACGUUGAUUCCUUUCUUCUCCUUUGUCUUAUCUCGGAAGGAUUUGAAGGACACCGAGAUGAACCAAGCCCGACCUCGCUAUGUCGUCGACCGGGCUGCGUAUUCUGUCAACUUCUUUGAUGAAGAGUUUGAGAAGAAAAAGAGAAGUUACCCGCUGGGGGAAAAAGUCAAGAACCUUUUCAGAUGUUCAUCAUCCAGGUUCAAAGUCAUCAUCUACAGUCUGUUUCCAAUACUCGUUUGGCUCCCCAAAUAUAAAAUUAAAGACUACAUUGUGCCCGAUAUCCUCGGGGGAAUCAGUGCGGGGACAAUACAAGUGCCACAAGGGAUGGCCUUUGCGCUGCUUGCCAAUCUGCCUCCCAUCAAUGGACUCUACUCCUCCUUCUUCCCUUUGAUACCCUACUUCAUCCUAGGUGGCAUCCACCAGAUGGUCCCAGGCACCUUUGCUGUCAUCAGCAUUAUCGUUGGGAGCGUCUGCCAUGAUCUGGCUCCUGAAUCCGAUUUCCAAUACUUUAACCAUACCACCAAUGAGAUAAACAUCAACAACACAGCCAUGGAGGCAGCCAGAUUGGAGAUCUCCGCCACAUUAGCUUGUCUGACAGCCAUCAUACAAGUAAGGACAUCUCAGCACUAAAGCUACAGUGUCCACUGCCUGAGCUAAGCCUAACCCUUCCCCUUGUAUGAAGUUGAACAGUGACUGGUUACACAGGACAACUGCAGUGGGAUUUUGUCAUUUCUACACCCUUGAGGAAGGGGAUGGCAGUGCCAGCAGGUGCAACAAUUGGGACUGUUUCCAAGUAGGUGAUACCUGGAGACAAAGGGUUUGGA